AUGACUCAUACAAAUGAGCACGACCAUAAGGCUGAACAACAACAAAAUGGAAGGGGCGAUACAACAACAGAGACUGUAAACCCUCAGAAGAUGAAAUUGGUUACCAAACUUCUCAUUGAUAAUAAAUUUGGACUAAUGGACGACUUGAAUUUUAGUAUACCAUUAACCGCUUCUUCUGAGGGUGUACCAAUAUCAGCAAAGACAUCAGAAUUGGGUACGGAGUACCUCAAGAAUCAACAAGAGAAUUCAGUAAGCCCAAUACUUCCAAUAUCAAGAAGUACAAGAAUAAAAGCAGACAGGGUGAGAAUAUAUUUAGACUAUUAUUAUAAUAUAUUAGAGCGUUGCAUUUCAAUUGAUAGCUCCCAGAAUCAUCAUGAGGGUGUUGAAGGGGUGUACAACCCAUUACAAGUUAUUAGGAAUCGUAAAUUAAAAAAGAAGCAUCAUGAAUUACCUACCAGAGAGUUUUAUACUACAAAACACCCUAUUAUUGCCAUUAAGCAGUUUUCGAAAAAACCCAACAAAAAAAUGCCGUGGUUUGUAGAUAUAAACGAGAAGUAUAUGGAUUUGACUUGGAGAACUUCGCAUUGGGAAGAAUUAGUGGAUCCUCAAGGUAAGCUUUGGUUCCAGUCUUAUAGUCCUUCCAACGAAUCGAGCGGAUCAUCAUCAUCCCGCCGGCAUCAUGGACACCACAUUCAUCCCAGAAGACAUUUACAACAUCACUCCAGGGUCCGUACAGCUAAUUCAGUGCACUCAAACACUCAAUCACUGACACCGAAACGAGUCAUGACCAAUGAAGAAGACAAUAAUAAUCAUAACAAUAAUAACAUGAUAACGAAGAUCGCAACUACUCCAGAAGCUCAGAUUUCAAGGAACAAAAAAUCUGAUCUCAAUUUAAGUCACAUUCAUUUAGAGGUACCAAUAACCAAUACAGUUACAAACACCUCAUCAGAUCAGGGGUCAUUGAUCAUCGAAGCAAAGGGCAGUAGCUAUGGAGGUGAUCGUCGUGGAAGUAGUAAUACCAGUGGAAGUGGUGGGAAAAGAAAUUCUAAACAUUAUCGUUCAAAAUCAGCAGGCCCCCCGGAAAACGAGAAAUCAAGAAUGAAUGGGCUCGAAAAAAUCAUUAGUAAAACGUCGAAAGGAUGGUCUAGAUCACCAAAAAAAAAUACGCCUGGGCUUGAAAAACAGGUGCUUCUGAAUCCCACUAUUAGUAAUGGAGGCACCAGCAGAAGGAGCAGUAAUAAUGGAGAGAGUAUUAGUACCAACAGUAGCAAAAGUAGCAUGGGAAUUACUUUUGGAAACACUGAAACUUACAAGACGCCGGUUGAUAAUGGGAAAGAUGCUAUAAUACGGCAAAGUUUGUUGAGCGAAGUGCCAGUUCAUACCUUGAGAGGUAAAACCAGCAACAGAUCGUUGCGAGCAGAAGGUGAACAAGCUCUUGAAAGUGACAAAGAAUUACCAAAUGGUGCUGGGAGUAUUUACGAAGGUGCGCCUAGGGAGAAGACUACUAGUCAAGGUAGCGAACCAGUGGGAUUAGUAAGCGAUUCCUUACAGGUUGACGAACAGUUACAGAGAUACUGGCAUGAUACAAGGUAUAUUAUGAGUACCGUAGCUAUGAUGCAACACAGGAGAGAGACACAUGAUAUAGUGAAGAGGAGAGAAAUUGCACGAAGAAACGAAAUUGAAAUUACACAAGAUGCAGAUACAAACAUUAGGAAGACUGCAGAUGCUUUGACUCAGUAUGAUAAUGAAUUGAAUAAAGUUUUAAAGCUAGGUAAUGACUGGACAUCAAAACUUCUGAACGACUAUUCAAUUCGUGUAGAAACUUUGAUAUCAUCUAGUGACAGAAUUCUUAGUGAUAUAAAUACAACAUUGACAUUGAAGUUGAAAAUGUUUCAAGAGAAUACAGAAAGGUAUGUUACGGUGAAAGUUAUGAGAGCCCAAAAGAUGACCAAAACCAUAUAUCGGUUGCUGGAAUUUGGCAUUGUUUUAGUUCUUUGGACAAUUUGGUUUUUGUUCAGCGUCCUGAGAAGCAUUCGGUUCACAAUUUUUUUAGUUCUAAAAAUCAUUAAGGCAUUGCUGUGGUAA